GGUAAGGUGAGACAAGGGGUGCGGCUGGGCCUGGAGCACGCGGUAGUAAGCGGUCUUUGAGCACAGAGGGUGCGGGGAAGGCAAAGGACACGGGCGAUUCUGCGGCCUUGUCUCCGUUUUCAUCCGGGUCCCUGACGAGCCCGGCCUUCCGCAUUAGCCAACAUGCAGCUCUUUGUCCGCGCCCAGGAACUACACACCCUCGAGGUGACCGGCCAGGAGACGGUCGCCCAGAUCAAAGCUCAUGUGGCCUCACUGGAAGGCAUUGCCCCCGAAGAUCAAGUCGUGCUUCUGGCAGGCUCGCCGCUGGAGGAUGAGGCCACCCUAGGCCAGUGUGGUGUAGAGGCCCUGACCACUCUGGAGGUAGCUGGCCGCAUGCUGGGAGGUAAAGUUCAUGGUUCUCUGGCUCGUGCUGGGAAAGUGAGAGGUCAGACUCCCAAGGUGAGCCAUGCGCUUGGUAUUUGGACUUUGUUUCUUUUCUGUCAAAGCAAAGUGAAGACCUUUGGAUUUCCUGUCUGUGUUCUCUUUUAUGGAGAGGAGCCGGUGGGAAAGAUGGCAGGCGUGGGAGAGGUCAACCAGGGUCUGAUCAGUCCUUCCUUUUCCCAGGUGGCCAAACAGGAAAAGAAGAAGAAGAAGACUGGUCGGGCCAAGAGGCGAAUGCAGUACAACCGACGCUUUGUCAAUGUUGUGCCCACCUUUGGCAAGAAGAAGGGCCCCAAUGCUAAUUCCUAAGUCCUGUUGUGAUCCUGCCACACUAAUAAAGCCACUUUGCCCAGAA